AAAGGCAAACCCUGGGUUUGGAUAAGUCCCAACCCUGGUUAAGCUCAUUCAGCCGCGCCAGAAAAAGUCUCCUGCGCGUGAAUCGCAGCACCAAAACAUCUUUCUCGCCUUCUCUCUAGACUUUCUGUCUCAUGGCGACGACUCCGGCCUACCAUUCCGGUCACCGUCGGCAAUAUAGCUGAACUCCAGUGCUCUACGAAUCUUGUAUAUCGAUUGCUGUGGGCGGUUCGGUGCGGUUCGGUACGGUUGGGGUGAGUGCGGUUAGAUCUCUCAUCUGAAGCCAUGGAAGAAGCAAAAGGAGCUCCAGUACAGGAGCUGAUCGAUACAGUUAGUAAGAUAUCGUCAAUCUCAGAUUACAGAUGUACGGUCAGGAAAGAGUAUUGUAAUCUGGCAAGAAGGUUGAAGCUGUUGAUUCCAAUGUUUGAAGAGAUUCGGGACAGUAAAGAGCCGAUUCCAGAGGAGUCGUUGAAAGCCCUAGUCUCGUUGAAGGAGGCUCUGGAGUCAGCUAAAGAGUUGCUCAGAUUUGGUAGUGAAGGGAGCAAGAUUUUCAUGGUCCUAGAAAGAGAGCAAGUUGUCUCCAAAUUCCACGAAGUGACUGCUAAUCUGGAACAAGCUUUGAGCGGAAUCUCAUUUGAAAAACUUGACAUAACAGACGAAGUUAAGGAACAGGUUGAGCUAGUUCUCUCUCAGUUCAGAAGAGCCAAAGGAAGGGCUGAUGCAACCGAUGCUGAGCUGUAUGAGGAUCUUGUGUCCCUUUAUAACAAGAGCACUGAUGCAGCUACAGACCCAGCUGUCUUAAGGAGGUUGGCUGAGAAGUUGCAAUUAAUGCAAAUAGAUGAUCUCACACAAGAAUCACUGGCUCUGCAUGAAAUGGUCACUGCCAGCAGUGCAGAUCCUGGAGAGAGCAUCGAGAAGAUGUCAAUGCUAUUGAAGAAAAUUAAGGAUUUUGUGCAGACUGAAAAUCCGGACUUGACUGCUACACAUGGAAAGUCCCUUCCUUCAAGUUGCAGUGGGCAAAUAUCUACCGAUGGGAAUCACAAGUCCCCAGUUAUUCCAGAUGAUUUUCGUUGUCCGAUAUCCCUGGAGCUAAUGAACGAUCCUGUCAUUGUUUCAACAGGGCAGACCUAUGAACGUUCCUGCAUCGAGAAAUGGCUGGAAGCAGGACAUGGCACAUGUCCAAAGACACAACAGACCCUCUCUAGCCAGGCCCUCACACCAAACUAUGUCUUGCGUAGCCUCAUAGCACAGUGGUGCGAGUCUAAUGGGAUCGAGCCACCAAAAAGACCCAGCAGUUCUCGGCCCAGUAAAACUGCAUCUUCCUGCUCACCAGCUGAGCGCACCAACAUAGAAAUUCUUCUCAACAAGCUUCGAUCUGGCAGCCCUGAAGACCAGCGAAAUGCAGCAGGUGAGAUCCGCCUUCUUGCUAAGCGCAAUGCAGAUAAUCGAGUGGCCAUUGCCGAAGCGGGGGCCAUCCCUCUCCUGGUCAACCUCCUUGCAACACCUGAUUCCCGCACCCAAGAGCAUGCUGUCACAGCGCUUCUUAACCUUUCCAUAUGUGAAGAUAACAAAUCAAGCAUUAUUAACUCUGGAGCUGUACCUGGUAUAGUUUAUGUGCUCAAGAAGGGGAGCAUGGAAGCACGGGAAAAUGCUGCAGCUACCCUCUUUAGCCUUUCGGUGGUGGAUGAGAAUAAGGUUACAAUUGGUGCUUCAGGGGCAAUCCCACCACUGGUGACAUUGUUAAGUGAAGGUACCCAGAGGGGGAAGAAGGAUGCUGCAACCGCACUGUUCAACUUGUGUAUUUACCAAGGGAACAAGGGAAAGGCAGUGAGAGCUGGAGUAGUGCCCACACUGAUGCGGCUGCUGACAGAACAUGGAGGUGGAAUGGUGGAUGAGGCACUGGCUAUACUUGCAAUCUUAGCCAGCCAUCCUGAAGGGAAGGCAGCCAUUGGAUCCUCCGAGGCAGUGCCAGUUUUGGUGGAGGUUAUUGGCAACGGGUCCCCCAGGAACAGAGAAAAUGCAGCUGCAGUUUUGGUGCAUCUUUGUGCUGGUGACCAACAUCAUCUAGCGGAAGCUCAGGAGCUUGGAGUGAUGGGUCCAUUGGUGGAUCUGGCUCAAAAUGGCACCGAUAGGGGCAAGCGAAAGGCUGCACAGUUGCUUGAGCGCAUGGGCAGGUUUAUUGAACAGCAGCAGCAACAGCAGGCUCUGGUGCAAGCUCAGGCUCAGGCUCAGACUCAGGCCCAGCCCCAGCCCCAGCCCCAGGCACAUACCCACACCCACACCCACACCCACACAGAGAGCCCGCACACACAGCUGUCGACGCUAAUGAAUGCUGUUGAUGGCUGAGGUUUUCUUGUGUCGUAUUGGGUUGAGGCGGCUUUGCUUAAUUAGAAGGGGAGGUGGAAGAUCACCUGCCCCACCUGUUAAAGUUAUUCAUUUGGUUUGUGUGGGGUUGAGGCUUUGAUGAUUUAAAAAGAGUCAUCAUGAUCCAAAAAAGAGAAGGAAAAGGACUGAAAUAUGAUCUGACGAGUGUGAGAUGUGCCAUCACAACAUGUACGCCUGUAAUCAUCCUCAGUUUUUAUUGAAGGAGAUGUUUUCUGUAUCCAGAUCAAAGUGCUUCAUAUUGAAGUUUGCUAAUGUAACUAUCGACAGCGAGAAAACUACAUUCAAAGAAAUGGAAAUGCCAGAAAUUGAAAUGUUAUAAUUCUGCAAGUAAACUGACAGAACUUAUGUUGAA